GCCCACGCUGCUGCCUCUGGCCACCUGUUGCUGUCUUUCCUGGGGCCACCCUCCAUCCAGUCCACCAGGCGCAGCGUGGCGGCUGUGGACUCAAGUCUGGACCUGCUGCUUCUCAGACAUCUCCAUGACAACCAUGGCCUUGGAGGAGCCGGAUGGAGGCCUGGGCAGUUGCCAAGCGGCGCCACCCAGACUGGCUGACUCCAGCAGCUGGCCCCACAGUUCUCAGGAGCCAGAGGCUGAGGGGAGCCCUGCAGGCGGAAUGGAUAUCGGACCCAAGAAGACAGAAAAGGAGCCUGUGGCCAAAGUGGCCCCAGGACUCAGCAAGGAGAGGCUGAAAGCAGGACCAACCCCGCGGAGCCCAGCGCGCAAGAAGGCGCAGGUUGCGCCGCCCCCGAAGCCGCCGCCCCCGCCCCCGGCCCUGAGCGAGGAGCUGCCCUGGGGAGACCUGUCGCUCAACAAGUGCCUGGUGCUCGCCUCGCUGGUGGCGCUGCUGGGCUCUGCCUUCCAGCUGUGUCGCGACGUCGUGGUUGGGGAGGCGGACGCCCCUGCACCUGUCCCUGAGCCAUGGGUCCCGCCAAGCUUGCCACCAAAGAAGCCAGUCUCGCCCCCGCUGAAGCCCGUGGCCUGGGCCCCCUCUUCGGGACCCUCUGAGCCCCAGGUGGAGGCAGAAGAGAGGACCGAGGUUCCUAGGAGCGCAGAGGCGGCAGAAAAGGGGGAAGGGGAGCCUGGGGAAACCGCUGCAGAGGAGCGUGCACCCCUCGCUCAAGGAGAGUCCAAGGAGAAGCUGCGUAAAGAAAGGCCGCGGAAGGAGGAGAGGCCGCGGAAGGAGGAGAAGCCGAGAAAGGAGAGGCCGCGGAAGGAGGACAAGCCGAGAAAGGAGGAGAGGCUGCGGAAGGAGGAGAGGCAGAAAAAGGAAGAGAGGUCGCGAAAGGAAGAGAGGCGGAGAAAGGAGAGACCGCAAAAGCCGGAGAACACACAUGCCGCGAGAGAGACCCGGGAACCCUUACCCCAGCGCUGGAAGGCACGGGAAGGGGGCCAUCGGCCUUGGGUAUGGGACUCCGGAAACUCUGAGCACAGAAAAAGUAGGAUCUGGGCCUCCCAGAGGCGCCCUGACGCGGAGAACUGGCCUCUGGGCCGCCAGAAGCACCGGGCCGGCAAGGGGCGGGACUGAGCCAGACCUGGAUCCUGAAGCAGAAUCCUGGUACCUCUUCUCGGAAGCACUGGGUUCUAGAAAAAUAAAGCGAGUGCUGCGGCCCCCA